AUGCUCUCUCUUUGUGGUGCAUUGACACGAUUAUUGCUUUAUGAUUUUGUUAUUCCGAGCAUUCCAGAGCUCACAAUUUUCAUGAAGGAACAAGACGAUAGCACGAAUGAAUUAUUUGCAAAAUUGCGAUCAAAGAUGUCAAUAAGAACGCGAGCUCGAAAACCAUUUUCCAUGAAAUUUGAAUGGACACAUACAUUCGGAAGGGAAUAUGAAGAAUCGUUUGAACCAUUAUGUAACAGCCCACAUGACGUCACAAUUUCGUACAACCACUCUUAUAUUUUAAUAAGCCAUCUUGACAAUCAUCGGAUACAAGUUUUUGAUUUACAUUCCAAGCUCUUACUGACAUGGUUUGGUAUGGAAUUUCCAUUGGGAUUGUGCAUUGAGGAGAAUUAUGAUGGUUCCAAUCAUGACGCUGUCAUUUGUGCAAGUGGGAAUUAUGGUCAAAGAAAGAUACGUAAAUUUGACAUGAAAUGGGUCGAUGAGAUGGUGAUGGAUGGUUCAUACACAGUAUCCACAUAUAUUAGUAAUCCUAGUAGUCAACAACCAACACCACAGCCAACAACUCCUUCAAUGUUGCCGGUAGCAACAACUUCAUCUAAUGUCAUGAUUCAAGAAUUGACACCUCACAUUUGGAUGUCCUCUUGUUACUUUAGUGAUCCUCAAGGAAUUGCCAUGAGGGGAAAGCAAAUAUUUGUAUGCGAUGCUGAUGCUGAAUGCAUCAAAAUAUUACAUGCGGAUACUGGAAAUUUAGUGGAAAUGAUUACACUGGAAAAUGGACCAUAUGAUUUAGAUUUCACACCUGAUGGAAAAUAUUUGCUUGUUUGUGAAACUGGAUAUAGUGCGAAUAGAAUUGUCAUGUUGACAUUACAGCAUGAUCAUACUCCUGCAGACGAUAAUUUUUCAAUGAGGAACGUCAAAAGUGUUGACGAAAAAUGGAAAAUGGUAAAAUCAUUCGGUAAGAGAGGAUUAGCAUCUGGAGAGUUUUCUUGGUGUCGUUCCUUAGUGAUUGAUCCAGUAUCGAAACAUGUCAUUGUGAGUGAUUGCCUCAAUAACAAUGUUCAAAUUUUCACAUUUGAAGGAAAAUAUGUGCAAUCGUUCGGAGAUAGAGGUAUUUUUCAAUUCAACCAUCCCUAUGGUAUUUGCUUGAAUCAAGUGAGUAGUGAGCUACUAGUAUGUGAUUUUCGCAAUCAAAGAGUUGCCGUGUUUAAGUGA